GGUAGGGACGCAGCGGGCGCACUGGGCGUGUGCGUGGACUUCCGGCUACGUCACGAUUUCUCCUCCAGGACCGAGGAGGCACCGGGAUGAGCCGGAUAGAAGCACCGGGGGAAAUGGGAGCGUGCCAGUGACCGGAGAGGUACGCGAAACGCAGACCCGUGAUCCGAAGACCUGACCGAGUGGGGCGGGACUCUCUCUUGGGGCGCCAGAGACAGCGUUCAACUUAGAGUAAUACCGUUUGUAUGAAGCCACAGGGGUGACCGUUCGUGCAACUAUGAGCCGUGGCAAACGUGACAGCAACUUCUCUGUCUUCGAGAUUGGAGACUCCACUUUCAAUGUUCUUAAACGCUACCAAAACCUGAAGCCUAUUGGAUCUGGAGCACAGGGGAUAGUAUGUGCCGCAUAUGAUACAGUUCUAGAGAGACAUGUUGCUAUCAAAAAGCUGAGUCGGCCCUUCCAGAACCAAACCCACGCUAAGAGAGCUUAUCGAGAGCUUGUACUCAUGAAAUGUGUCAAUCACAAGAAUAUAAUUGGACUCCUAAAUGUCUUUACACCACAGAAAUCUCUGGAAGAGUUUCAAGACUUGUACAUUGUGAUGGAACUUAUGGAUGCCAACUUAUGCCAAGUGAUACAGAUGGAACUGGAUCAUGAGCGAAUGUCCUACCUACUGUACCAAAUGCUUUGUGGCAUUAAACACCUACACUCUGCAGGGAUCAUCCACCGGGACUUAAAACCAAGUAAUAUUGUAGUAAAAUCUGACUGCACCCUUAAGAUUCUGGACUUUGGCCUUGCCCGGACAGCAGGAACAAGCUUCAUGAUGACCCCUUACGUGGUCACACGUUACUACAGAGCUCCAGAAGUGAUCCUCGGAAUGGGAUACAAGGAAAACGUGGACUUGUGGUCGGUGGGGUGCAUUAUGGGAGAAAUGAUAUGCCACAAGAUUCUCUUCCCGGGAAGGGACUAUAUUGAUCAGUGGAACAAAGUGAUUGAGCAACUGGGAACGCCCUGUCCAGAAUUCAUGAAGAAGCUACAGCCUACAGUGAGGACAUAUGUGGAAAACAGGCCCAAAUAUGCAGGCUACAGCUUUGAGAAACUGUUCCCAGAUGUUCUGUUUCCUGCAGACUCUGAGCACAACAAAUUAAAAGCCAGUCAAGCCAGAGAUCUGCUAUCCAAGAUGUUAGUUAUUGAUGCUUCGAAGAGGAUCUCUGUUGAUGACGCCUUGCUUCACCCUUACAUCAACGUCUGGUAUGACUCUCUAGAGGCUGAAGCGCCUCCACCAAAGAUCCCAGACAAACAGCUAGAUGAGCGAGAACACACAAUAGAGGAAUGGAAAGAGCUAAUAUACAAGGAAGUCCUGGAUUGGGAAGAGAGAGCUAGGAACGGUGUGAUUCGGGGUCAACCGGCUCCUUUAGGUGCAGCAGUAACUGAUGGCUCCCAGCCUCAAACCUCCUCCUCAUCGGCUGAUGCUUCCUCCAUGUCCACAGACCCAACACUGCCCUCAGACACAGACAGUAGCCUUGAAACCUCAGCGGGGGCCCUGGGCUGCUGUCGAUGAUUUAGUAGGGAACUAUAAGGAGAUAUGGCAGGGAAGGGUGGAGGGGUAGAGGAACCUCUAGGGUAGCACAAGAUGAUGGCAGGAAGAUGCCACUUGUAUUAUUGUAGAGUAAAUAUUAUUAACCCCUUAGCUACCAGAAACUGCUCUGCAGUCGGGGGUAAGGGGGGGCAAGGUCUAAAAGUUGACUGAGGCACCUUUUAUGUGCUGGUGAGGAGCCACAUAAAUCAAUGUACUUCUUGCCAGGACUAGGUUAAAAAGAGAAAAAAAGGUGUAGUUUUGAUUUUUAUUUUUUUAUUCAUUUUUUUUCCCUUUUGUGUGCUGUAAUUUGAACACUUAAGUGCUGGAGGGUUUGAAAAGCUGCCAUAAAUGUGUUGUAUUUUUAUUUUUUUUCCAUUGUGUGAGGAGUGCAUGGGGGAGGGGGCUUAGUGCUCCAACUUUUUGAGAAAAGGUCACUUUGGUCCUGAUUGUCUUGAAAUUUUUACUUUUUAUUUGACUUUAAUGUUUUUUUCUGUUUCAUUGCUGGUGCUGCUCAUGUUUUCUUUUUCUUUUCGAGUUUUACAGAUCUGUUCCGUAUUCUAAUAAUUUAAAGAUUUUUUUUUCUUUCUUGUAAGCAUUUUAUCCUCACUUGCAUUCAUGCCUCUAGUGCCAGUAAACCAAAGGGAGGCACUGCUUCUACCCACUUUCCGUUGUGUGAUAUUUCCUGUGCUUUUGAGGUGUUGGUGCAUCAAACCUUGCUGAACCUGGAAAGUUGGGUCGUCAUUUGUCUGUCUGAGUUUCCACAGGAAUGGAAUGUUCAGAGGCCAAUCCUCCUCCUGACUACGCUUACAGAAUGCAGUUUUAGUAUCUAUUACUGAUGAACAUGGCAAGCGGUUCUCUCCAUUAGCAUUUGAGUACAAAUACUAAAUGUCGGCAGUGCUUCUUUUAGUGUUAAUGUCAGGACAUCCCUUCUAUCCCAUCUCUCUUCCCAGUGUGGUUUACAGACUGUUUGGCCUCACUGUAUUCUCUGUGGCCAACGCUCCAAUGAAAAGGAAUGCUUAACUGACAUACAAUUCAGUGCUCACACUAACACUUGACAGAUAUACCCCCUCUGGUGCUAGGGAGCCCUUCAGCAUACUAUAACAAUCUGGAGGCUGUGGCAGCACGGGGUUGACGUUGGGCUUAUCAAAAAAACAAAAACAAACAUCUUUUAUUACUCUCAGGAACCUGAACAAAUUGUUGGAUGGAAGCAGACAUUUUUUGUGUGUGUGUGUGUGUGUGGAAAUGCAGGUUAUUUAUGUUUCUUUUUAUUUUUUCCUCUUCGUUAUUCAGGGUUGAGUAAAAAAAAAAUCUUAAAAUGAUCAUAUUGCUUUGAAUAGGUUAGUAGAGUUAAGGGCUUGGCUGAACUGUGAGAAUGAUUACACCCUCCCUGUCACACCUACAGUAUACGUAGACCACGUUUUGCAUUUCCCACGGCCGGCCUGCCAUGGAGGAGCAAUCCUUGAUAUAGUUAUUCUCACCCCGACCCCCCCCCCCGUCUAGAUGCACCAUAUCACUGCUUGUUAAUUCCUCUUCUGUUUACAUUAGCAGUGCAGAUCAAUCAUGCAGCCCAGUGUGUGUUAUUCCUGCUGAUGACAGCUGUGGUAACCCACAGACACUAGAGCAGCACAGCCAUUUAUAUGAUCACCGACUCAUAAUAAAAGAUCAAUGUUGGGUAAAA